GCUUCUCUUCACGAUCAACACCUCUUCCUAUUCUCUCCUCGUUCCCUCACUUUUCUUUCUCGUCUUUCAAAAAACCCACCUAGCUCCGAAGGAAGACCCCCCCAACCUCGCCAGCAUGGCAAACCCAACCUCUGGCUACUCCAUAAAUGUCAACGAUCCAAGCUUGAUCUCUCUGGUCAACAAGCUGCAAGAUGUCUUCUCUACAGUGGGCGUACACAACCCUAUCGACCUGCCCCAGAUUGUCGUGGUUGGAUCGCAGUCCAGUGGAAAGAGCUCAGUGCUAGAGAACAUUGUCGGACGUGAUUUCCUGCCCCGUGGUUCGGGAAUCGUGACCCGGAGACCUCUUAUUCUGCAACUGAUCAACAAGACCCCUGCGCCGCAAACGAACGGAGAUAACAAGAUCGAGACGACAGAUGCCGAGUCCAACGUCGAUGAGUAUGGCGAGUUCCUGCAUAUUCCUGGCCAGAAGUUCUUCGACUUCAACAAGAUCCGGGAGGAGAUUGUCCGUGAGACAGAGUCCAAGGUUGGCCGCAAUGCCGGUAUCUCGCCUGUCCCGAUCAACCUGCGCAUCUACUCGCCCAACGUCCUCACCCUGACCCUGGUCGAUCUGCCUGGUCUGACCAAGGUACCUGUCGGAGAUCAGCCCAAGGAUAUCGAGCGCCAGAUCCGCGAUAUGGUUCUCAAGUACAUCAGCAAGCCUAACGCUAUCAUUCUGGCUGUCACCUCGGCCAACCAGGAUUUGGCCAACUCCGAUGGUCUGAAGAUGGCGCGUGAGGUGGACCCCGAAGGUCAGCGCACCAUUGGUGUGUUGAGUAAGGUCGAUCUGAUGGACGAAGGCACUGAUGUCGUGGAUAUUCUCGCUGGACGAAUUAUCCCUCUGCGCCUGGGCUAUGUUCCCGUGGUCAACCGUGGUCAGCGUGAUAUUGAGAACAAGCGUCCCAUCGCCUACGCCUUGGAGAACGAGAAGAACUUCUUCGAGAACCACAAGGCAUACCGGAAUAAGGCUUCAUACUGCGGUACCCCCUACUUGGCCCGCAAGUUGAACCUGAUCCUGAUGAUGCACAUCAAGCAAACUCUCCCCGAUAUCAAGGCUCGCAUUUCCUCCUCCCUUCAGAAGUACACUACGGAGCUGGCGCAACUUGGUGAUUCCAUGCUCGGCAACAGCGCCAACAUCAUCCUCAACAUCAUUACCGAGUUCAGCAACGAGUACCGCACGGUUUUGGAGGGUAACAACCAGGAGCUGUCUAGCAUUGAGCUGUCUGGUGGUGCUCGUAUCAGUUUCGUGUUCCACGAGCUCUACUCCAACGGUGUCAAGGCCGUGGAUCCCUUCGACCAGGUAAAGGACAUUGAUAUUCGCACCAUUCUCUACAACUCCUCCGGUUCCUCUCCCGCUCUUUUCGUCGGAACUACUGCCUUCGAGUUGAUCGUCAAGCAGCAGAUCAAGCGUCUGGAAGACCCCAGCAACAAGUGUAUCUCGUUGGUUUACGAUGAGCUGGUGCGCAUUCUCGGUCAGCUCCUGAACAAGCAGCUGUUCCGCCGGUACCCCCAACUGAAGGAGAAGUUCCACGCUGUUGCCAUUGCUUUCUUCAAGAAGUGCAUGGACCCUACCAGCAAGCUGGUCAAGGACCUGAUCGCCAUGGAGGCCACCUACAUCAACACUGGCCACCCUGACUUCCUUAACGGACACCGCGCUAUGGCUAUUGUCAACGAGCGGGCGCAGGCCGCCAAGCCCACCCAGGUUGACCCCAAGACCGGCAAGCCCCUUCCCGCCCGUGCCCAAAGCCCCUCUCUCGACACCACCGGUGAGGCUCAGAACCAAAGCGGAUUCUUUGGCAGCUUCUGGGCUUCCAAGAACAAGAAGAAGAUGGCGGCCAUGGAGGCUCCUCCCCCAACUCUGAAGGCUUCCGCCAGUCUGUCUGAGCGUGAGACCUCGGAAGUUGAGGUUAUCAAGUUGUUGAUCACCUCAUACUUCAACAUCGUCAAGCGUACGAUGAUCGACAUGGUCCCCAAGGCUAUCAUGUACACCCUGGUGCAAUUCACCAAGGAUGAGAUGCAGCGCGAGCUUCUGGAGAACAUGUACCGCAACAACGAACUGGAUGAUCUACUCAAGGAGAGUGACUACACCAUCCGCCGGAGGAAGGAAUGCCAACAGAUGGUUGAGAGUCUGGGCCGCGCCAGCGAGAUUGUCAGCCAGGUCCAGUAAAUACCUGCUGGCAGAAGUAUGGCAGGUUCUCAUCAUGGCUUAUUAAGGGAGGGAACGAUCAAGUCGUCAGAGCCGACUGUAUGACUGAAAUGUUUUCGCGCUGGCGGGAGUUGGGAACACACUCUACACCUCUCAUCUUUCUUUGUGACUUUGCACCGGGUUCGAAAUCUUGACUAUACUCGUAUUUUUCGCCGUCGCUUGUGUCAUCUUGCCUUCGUCUGUUGAAUGGCCGCCCGUCCCCGCAUACCAGCAAUGGGGACUGGCUGGCUCUAGAGCUGUUGAUUCUCUUGUUUUGUUCACCGGAGCGGUGGUUUCCCCUCGAAGGAGAGGGGGAGUAAGGUAUACCAGGAUUGUCCCCUGGUGCCUCACCUUCUCACCUUUCUCCUUCCUGUUUCUUUUGGCCCGAAUUUGAAAGCCUUAUACCGUUUUCAUUUCUCUUUGUUGGUCCGUUGUCUACUGUCUGCUUGUUUUUGAGACCCAUGAGCCUUCUUCCAGAUGACGAUUGUAUCAACUAAUGAUUUUCUGUGUUCUAUGACUUUGCUUUAGAAUUCGAUCUAUUCACUUUACAUUUUUUGCUUUGUAUACGCUGUGUUAGGUUUGUUUAUGUUAUAGUAUACACCCAAGCAUGUUACUACAAAGGUCGAAAGACAAAAUAUGACUGCU